UGUUUUAUAUUUAAGCACAUUUUGCAGAUUGAGAGUUUUAACGUUAGUAUAGAUUUGUACAUUUGGAAUGUCGUUCACUAUAAACCCUCUAGCAAAUCCCAAAGGAGUGAAAAAACUAUGCGAACUUUGCCAGAAACCUGCUCAACUGAAGUGCACACAAUGCCUGGUCACAUUUUACUGUGACCCUGACCACCAGCUGACUGACUGGAUCAGUAUUCAUGAAAAAGUGUGUCCGUUGCUGGUAUCUAUUCACGCACCUGCAUCAUUCGGCACACUGCAGUCCGACCAAGACCACCACCAAAAAGAAAGAGUGAAGAAACAGGAGUAUCUAAUAGAGAUUGCUCAUUUAGAGGCGCAGAGGUGGGUGUCCAAGAAGAGGUUCCAGGAUGUGUUGCCAGCCGCUCUCCUAUUCCUGCGCUGGGCCAUGCAGGUGUACGGAACCUGUGCUGUUGAACUGGUACCAGCUUAUCUACUGCUUGCGCAGGCUAAUAUAGGUUUAGGUUCUCUCUUCCAGGCUCAUGAGUAUCUGUCUAAGGCUGAGUGGACAGUGAUGAGAACACCAGGCUGCAGUCACACUGUCCUUCAUCAGCUACACAGAACCCUGGGCCGACUGCACGCUGCCAUGGGAAAAUACACAUCUGCUCUCACUCACUUUGCCAAUGACGUGUACUAUGCCAGUGAGAUGUUUGGUUUGGACAGUACUGUGACGUCUGGAGGAUAUUUCCUGAUGGCUGAUGUGUUUCUGAAGCAAAACAAGCCUGACGUUGCCCUCUCGCUCUACGCAGAGGUGGCGAGUUCAUGGCACUCUCACCUGUGUAAGCUGAUGGAUGAUAUCAGUCGGAGUGGCACUCAACCAGAAGAAUGUUUUGAUGAGGCCCAGUGUGUGGAGGCUGAUCAGAUGUUGAGAUGUCUCUUAGAGUUUGAGGAACAGUGUGUGAAACCUCGCCCUGACCAGUCAGUCCUGUUGGCUCAUUCUCUAGCUAUGCUGUGGUUGCUAUGCAACAACCACACCAAGGCUCUGGAGUAUGGGAAGAAGGCUGAGGUGUUGAUCCAGGGGUUAAGUGAACAAAACAGACUGAGAGAGUCGAUCCAUAACCUCCUACAACAUGCUGAAAAACACCUAGAAUGAGAUUGCCCGCUAAACCUAUACACCACAGACCUCCAAAAAACAAUAAAUCAAAACAGACCACAAUCUUUACACUGUACGGUGGCAUCCUGCUUAAUUUCAUAUUAAUUCGUUAAUCUAUCAUCAAUGGAUAUUGGGAGAAACUGAUGUACAAUUAAGGUGCAGUCACUGUAGUGAAAUUUCACCGGCAAAAAGGGUCCAUUGUCAAUAGUGUAUGAAGCACAGCUCACAC